CUUGAUUGGUUUGCAGGCUCUUCUUGACUGGCUUGCAGAGUGAACAGAAACCUGCUGUGCUGCGAGCCCGCCGAGCAUGCUAUGUUAUGAUUCUGAAUUCACGAGUUCUGACUGUUCAUAGCUCUCAAUUGCGUUAUGGAUGAGAUUUUGAGGAAUUGGUUCGUGUCGGUUUGAUUCAGCAUUUAGCAGAUCGGUUGCCCUAAAUUCCCUAACUUUGUCUCAGGUAAACUGAGUUUGGGACUUGAAUCCGUCAUCAUCUUCUUCUUCGUUCUCCACUUUUUUUUUCGGAAAAAGAGCCUUCAAAUUCUUUAUCACUUAUGGAGCAGUUGUGGCCCUACUUUGUCUGAGCUGAAAGUCUAGUCGGGCACUCUACUAAAGUCUGAAUUUGUGAACUGAGAGGAUAGGCAGAAGGAGGUCCUUAUCGAGGUUGAGAUUAGCAAGGACUAGGGCAGGGCAGCGAUCUGUUUUUGAGUGAGCGUCUCCACGAGCUCGAUUUUGUUUUGUUUUGUUGGUUGGAGAGGACUUUAGUAAUGGCAGCAACGGCUACAUACCCACCUCCCCCUCCGUACUAUAAACUAUACAAGGAUUACAUUGAUAACCCCAAAUCUGCACCAGAGCCACCACCUCCUAUUGAAGGCACCUAUGUCCUCUUUGGUGGCAGUUACACGACUGAUGAUGUGCUUCCAAGCUUGGAGGAGCAGGGAGUUCGUCAGCUCUACCCGAAAGGACCAAACAUUGAUUUCAAGAAGGAAUUGAGGGCGCUUAAUAGAGAACUGCAGCUGCAUAUUUUGGAGCUCGCCGAUGUUUUUGUGGAAAGGCCAUCGCAGUAUGCAAGAAGAGUGGAGGACAUAUCUCUUAUAUUCAAGAAUUUACAUCACCUUCUCAAUUCAUUGCGACCUCACCAGGCUAGAGCAACACUCAUUCACAUCCUGGAACUUCAAAUACAACGUCGCAAACAAGCUGUAGAAGAUAUUAAAAGCUUCAAGCUGUAGCUAGCUGGUGGUUAUGAGGUUCCUGAAUUCUGCAGUUUAUGAACAUUGAAGAGAUUGCAAUUGUCACCUACCUGUUUGUAGUGUAAAUGUAACUGUUGUUGGUUUUGCUCACUAGGAGGAGAGAAGAAGCGCAGAGACUUCUGAAAGAGGCACUGGGAACCCUAGAUGGACAUUAACCUAGACAUGAUCUUGUCUCAGAAUGUAAUGAAUUCAUUGUCCUACAGUACGUGGGCUCGUGUCAGCUUCUUGCUCUUAAAAGCUAGAAGUGUUGCCCCCGUAAAAAUAAUACUGUUAUUUAUUGUAUUUCAGAGUAUGGUCAGUGUAGCUUUCAUCUUUUGACAAUCAAAAGGAAAUUAAUUGAUGUAUACUUUAACUGGCGCAUGUUCCUGCUAAAAGUUGAAAAUUUUGAUCA